AUUUAUUUUGUAUAAAAGCAGAACGAAUAGCAACCAAAGACAUCAUUCACUCUUAGUCUUCUUUGUAUUACUCCAAAAAGUACCGAGAAAAAGAACCAACAUGUUUAAAGCAAUCGUUAUUUGUUCGAUGGUAGUGUUUGCAAAUGCAGGAUUAUUGCCUCAGCAUGGAGUAGAAUCUUAUGAAGUGCAUUCACCAGCCCAAUAUGACUUUUCGUACUCAGUUCAUGAUGCUCAUACCGGAGAUGUUAAACAACAAUCUGAGUCACGUCGUGGUGAUGCAGUCCAAGGCAGUUAUUCAUUGAUUGAACCCGAUGGUAACAAACGUGUGGUGCAUUAUGCAGAUGAUGGCCACAGUGGCUUUAACGCUGUCGUAGAACGCGAAGGAACCGUACAUCAUCAACCUCAACAAGUUGCCGUUGCACAUGCAGCUCCAAUUGCCGUUGCACAUUCAGCUCCAAUUGCCGUCGCACAUUCAGCUCCAAUUGCCGUCGCACACUCUGCUCCAAUUGCUGUCGCACACUCACCAGCCCUUGCACUUUCACACGGACAUAUUUCACAUCAAUCAUAUUCGUCACCAGUUGUAGCGCAUCAAGCUGUUGCAUCUCCAAUUGUACAAGCCGUGCACGUUCAACAACCAGCUCUUGCUAUUCAACAACAACACGUUGGCCAACAACUCAUUGCCGGACUUGGCUAUGCCGGACAAGGAUAUGCCACUCAAGGAUAUGCCGGACAAGGAUAUGCCGCUCAAGGAUAUGCCGGACAAGGCUAUUCGACUAUCUCCCAAGUGACUCAUCAUGGUAAUGGUGGCUAUCAUCAUUAAAUUAAACGACUAUGCUCUCUAUUUACGGUUCUAUGAUUCUAUCGUUAACGCGCACAACAUUUGUAUAUAUACAACAUUUCAAUGCACAUUUUCUUCUAGAAACAAAAAAAAAUAAAAUUAAUUUUUAGAAAUAGCAAAAA